AUUUUGUGAUGCGGUGACAUUCAUUCCUUUUCAAAACCCUCACCAGUCAUGAGAUCUUCUAUUGUUGUUGUCGUCGGUUCGAUAAUAGGUCUAUGCUCGGCUGUUGUAAUCGCAACAAAUCCAUCUAAUGUUUCCGUCGCAGCAGAAAAUGUUACGGUCCUCGCGAAUGAAACUUUUUUCGAUUAUGAGACUGAGCAGUUGACGAAUAACAGCUUAUCGGGACUCAAUGCAACUACUCUCGCCAUAUUCGGAUUCAAUGAUGAGGGGGCUUCGCUCGACUUGACGGCGAGAAAUACAUUGUCUUGUAGAGUUUUCCUUGGAGAUCGUCUAUGGCCGAAUACAACUAUCUGGACACUAUUUGAUGUUCUUCUUGGUGGGGCUCUCAUCAAGACUGUUCCUUUGGCAUCACCAUGUUAUAACGGGCCACAUUUCGAUGCUGUAAAAUGCGCUGAUCUGACUGCAGAUUGGCAGAAUUCAGAAAUCCAGUAAUUUUUCUCUCGCUGCAAAAACCGAAACACACUGACUUUUAUAGCGCUGCUGAUCCAAAAUCAAUGAUGUCCCCCGUAAACCAAGAUCUGACUUGUCAAGUGACGGCUGAUCCCACACAAAAUUGUACGCUUGAAGCAUUCCCUUACUAUGCAGUGAACGCCAAAUUCGUCGCCCAGAUCCAGCUCGCCGUCAAUUUUGCACGCGCAGCCAAUCUCCGCCUGGUGGUUAAGAAUACCGGACACGACUUCUCUGGAAAGUCUGGUGGUGCCGGAGCCUUAAGUAUAUGGACUCAUAACCUUAAAGAUAUUAAGUACUUUAAGCAGUAUAAGGCAAGAGGCUCUAAUUACAAUGGCCCUGCUUUCAAGGCAGGUGCUGGUGUUCAAGGUUUCGAGAUUUAUAAAGCUGCACAUGACAAGGGAUUGAUAGUUGUUGGUGGAGAGGGUAAGACUGUCGGUAUCACUGGAGGCUAUAUUGCUGGAGGAGGCCACUCGCCUCUCAGUUCGCUUCAUGGAAUGGGAGCAGACCAGGUUCUAUCUAUGAAAGUUGUUACAGCAGAUGACCGUUUUGUCACUGCUGACUUCGAGCAUAAUACUGAUCUCUUCUGGGCCCUUCGUGGAGGCGGAGGAAGCACUUAUGGUGUUGUAACUUCGGUUACGAUCAAGGCCUAUGAAGACCUUCCAGUGUUCACUGCAUCAACCUUUAACUUCACAGCCGGAGUAAAUGGUAUUACAGCGGAGAACUUCUGGGCUGGAUUUCGAAAAUACUUGGAUUAUUUCCCGUCUUUGUCCAAACAAGGGAUAUAUGCAUACUGGUUCAUCCUCAAUACAGAAACCGGUCCAAUGUUCCUUAUGGAACCCUUCUGGGCGUCAGGAAAGUCUCUGAACGAAACAAAUGCUCUCCUGGCUCCAUGGUUUGCUCAACUUAACGAGCUAAACAUUACCUUUACACCAAAAACAGUAGAAUACAGCAACUUCUACGAUGGCUGGAAGGCGUCCUUUCCUCGCGAGAUCGUUCAAAAAACACACGUCGCAAUAGGAUCCCGACUCUGGCCAACCGAGAUGUGGAACGACGCCACAAGCCUCGACAAAAUGUACAACGCCAUCAAGACUUCUUCACAAUCAGCCCUUACAAUCAUCGGAUUUAUCAUCAACCCAUCUCUCAAAAAUGGAGGAAAUCCAGAUAAUUCAGUCAACCCCGCUUGGCGCAACACCUAUUCGCACGUUUUGCAAUCAGUGAACUGGGUCGAUAGAGAUAGUCCUGAGAUCCAGUCUGCUGUUCGUCAAAACUUUACACAUGGCCAUAUGCAAAGAUGGCGAGAUGCAUCGCCUGGUGCAGGUUCGUAUCUGGACGAGAGUGAUAUCAUGGAACCAGAUUUCGGACAAUCGUUCUGGGGUGACAAGUAUCCUCGUCUACUAUCCCUGAAGAAGAAGUUGGAUCCUAGGGAUGUCUUUUUUGCUCAAACGGCUGUGGGAAGUGAGGAUUGGGAGGUGGUGACCACGAAUGGGCUUCCGAGUGGAAACGGAAAGCUUUGCCGUGUUUAAAGACGUUGGAGGAGAAAUUGUAUACAUUGUUUAAUGGUAUUCUUGAGAUCUUCGUAAUGAAUGGCACACUCCUAGGGGACAAGCAAAGUGGCAGAGACUUACCUCUUUUAUCUUAGCCCAAAUUAACUAAAACUUUUAUAUUAUGUUAUGAAAGAGCCAAUAAUCGUGCUAUGUGGA